CUCGCCGUCCCGUUUAGGAACCUCUUCCUGGUGCUGUGACGAGUGUGUGCUGUGUGAGUGAGUGAGAGUGUGAGUGAGAGUGUGAGUGUGUGAGAACGCGGUAAACACCGCGGCCUGUUUGGAGUGACUGGACUACCGCUAGUUUAUCUCAGGAGACGAGGCGGAGACCGAGCCGUGUCGGACCCGUGUCCGGGAACACCACCAGCCAUCAUGUCGAGCGGCUGCCACAAGAGCACGAGCCGGGCUAUCCCGGCCACCCGGCGGGUCAUCAUCAACGAUGCAGCGCACCUGCCUCACGACUACAGCACCACGCCCGGGGGGACCCUCUUCAGCACGACCCCUGGCGGCACCAGGAUCAUAUAUGACCGCAAGUUCCUGCUGGACUGCCGCAGCUCCCCGCUGGCCCAGACGCCGCCCAGCUGCCUCCCGGAUAUCCCGGGGGUCACCAGUCCCCCCGUGGCCCCAACCGGCAGCAAGAAGGCGGAGCCCGAGCCUGCGGUCAACAACCAUGAGAGCCCUCCCGCUGACAAGGGGGCCGGGGACGAGGCGCAGUUUGAAAUGGACAUCUGAGCCCCGUCCACAGCGUACUGCACGUUGAUGCCCAGGACCGCCGCUGAGACGACGACGACGAGCGUGGAAGAGGAAGAGCGCUUUGUCUCCACUCACUGCCAUCUCGAACCCGCUGCCACACGCAGCGCGAGUCGCGAUCCCACCGCCGCAGUGCCAUACUUCUCCCCCAGCACCUCUGUAGCUCCCCCAGGUGGUCCCAGAACGGACAAGUUCCCCCAAGGGACUGCACUCCUUCCUGUAGCUUCCCUCUUCCUCCUCAUCCUCAGUCCCCAAAUUCGCUGUUGAGAAGAAGCUCCUUCCUCUUUCCGUAGGAUCCUGCUCCUGUUUUCCUUUUUCCGUGUUUCUUUUGUGCCACGAUUCCGUACUCUGAGCAAAUUUAAGACCUUAUUUCUUGGUGGAGUUCCAGCCAACAGCUGGAGAGCCGAGCCUGUGCCUCAUCCUGAAGACACGGGAGCCGGAGGAGAUGUCACUCAAAUAAAAUACAAGUAUGGCACGGUCCCGUUGUUGGA